UAUGGCGCGGAAAGGGGGCGGAGCCGAGCCUGCAGAUGUUUGAGGGUCGCCGGCGGCUGGGUCUCGGAUCCGAGAGCAGCGGGUCCGCCCGGGACGGAGUGGAUCACGGCAGAGGAGCCCCCGGGGGCGUGGUAGGUCCGCCCAGGUUUGGAGCCAGCGCCAUCGCAACGCUCCCUCUUCGCUUCCUCUACACAGAGGCCCCUCCUCCCUCCAUCCCCGGCCAUGGAAUUCCCGGACCUGGGAGCUCACUGCUCGGAACCGACCUGUCAGCGCCUGGAUUUCCUGCCUCUCAAGUGUGACGCCUGUUCUGGCAUAUUCUGCGCGGACCACGUGGCUUAUGACCAGCAUCACUGUGGCUCUGCCUACCAAAAGGAUGUUCAGGUGCCUGUGUGCCCACUGUGCAAUGUACCAGUGCCUGUGGCAAGAGGGGAAUCCCCCGAUCGUGCCGUGGGGGAGCACAUCGACAGGGACUGCCGAUCCGACCCAGCCCAACGCAAACGUAAGAUCUUCACCAAUAAGUGUACCCGCCCCGGCUGCCGGCAACGGGAAAUGAUGGAGUUGACUUGUGAACGAUGCAGCCGAAACUUCUGUCUCAAGCACAGGCACCCGCUAGACCACGAAUGCCCUGGGCACAGACUGCCUUCCAGCCAGCCCGGACACGCUGCUAUCUCCAGAGCCCAGGGCUUAGGUUCUAGCACCCCCCCUGAGCCUGGCCCAGGGCUGGCUAGAACCUCGCCCCCCUCUCACAGCAGGUAUGUAUGUCUCCGCUCGUCCCCACCUUGUUUCUCACCUGUGCUCCCAUCCCCGUGCUAUGUUUUUCUCCUCUCUCCUAGAGCUGCUGAGUCACCGACUCACGCCUUACAGAAUGGCCUGAGCGAGGAUGAAGCCCUGCAGCAGGCGCUGAUCCUGUCUCUGACUGAAGGCAAGCCUGUGGCUCCCAGGACUCAAGAGGAAGAAGACUUAGCCCUGGCCCAAGCACUGUCAGCCAGUGAGGAAGAGUACCGAAAGCAGCAGGCCCAAAGCCGAAGCCCGAAACCCUCCAACUGCAGCCUUUGUUAGGCCCGGGAGUGGGGAGGGUGGCUCAGCUUAGAGGGGCUAUGGCCCUCACACUUCCAGGAUCCCCUGGAAGAGGCUAGAAGCUCAAAGCAAGAAUGACGGCGGGAAUCCAGGAAGACCACACCAGGAGUGCCUGAGCUGAGGCCGGAAGCCCUACUGUUUACGCAUGUUUGAAGGGGGAAGGUGGAGUUUGGCUUGGAGAGAAGCAGCCAGCCUCUCCCCCGUCCCCUCUUUCCUUCUGUGUCCCCCAUGGAGAGGUUUUCCUGGAGCUGUGGCCUCUGUCCCUUGAGCCGGUGAGCAGGCAGGUUGGACUUGGAAAGGAAUAAAGCAUCUUACCAAACA